AUGGAGGCCAAGAAAAUAUCGUUUGGUUUUAUGAAAACCAAAAAAGUUGAAAAGCCAAUUACGCCGGUUGUAAAUGAAGAGAAAAGGGAAUAUAUCGAAUGCGUGGAAGAACAAUCAAUUAAAGUCAUUGGAGGAGAAACAGCCACAGAAGACCUACCACUAGUAAUCCCUAUGAAACCAAACACGCUUAUCACAGCAGAAAAACUGAAGAAGAUAGCGGAAGUAGUAGAAAGUGCUGUGCAAGAGCCAGAAAUAAAACAAGAACCAGUUAUAAAAACUGAGAAUGUUGUUGAAAAUGAGACCCUGGAACAGAUGGCUGUUAGGGAGCUGAUGCAGGAAGCUAAAAAAGAAGUAAAAGUUGAAGUUCCUGAUGAUUUGGCUAUACCUACACCUGCUAAACCGGUUUUAGAUGGAGAGAAAGAGUCAACCUUGGAUGACUAUGAGUCAGUGCCGAUUCAACAGUUUGGGAUGGCGAUGCUAAGAGGAAUGGGAUGGACUCCAAGCAAAGAUGGGUCAAAAUACAAACAACCGGAACUCCGUCCGAAAGGCCUUGGCUUAGGAGCUGAUAAAGUGGUAAAAGAAAAUCAGAAGAAACAGGCUAAAGAUAAAAAAGAAGAACAAUUGGUUAUUGUAAAAAACUCCUUUGUUAAAAUUACUACUGGAAAGUAUAGCGGAUAUUAUGGCAAGGUGGUGAGUCUAGACGAGGACAAUGGUAGAGUCAUGGUAGACAUAACAGUAAAGAAAGAAACAGUAAGCCUGAGUGAAUUCAUGAUGCAAGCCGUCUCAAAGUCAGAGUAUGAUCGAGAAUCCAAAGUUAUAAACGCAGAUUCAUAUGAAGAAUACAAAAAGAGCGAAAAGGUUUCGCAAAAGUCAUCGAAACAGGAGGAAAGGAGUUCCACCAGCCAGAGAAGCAAUGAACUUAGUAUGAAAAAUGACAGAGAAGCAAGCAGUUACGAUUAUAGAAGGAAUAGAGAAGAAAAAUCCUCAAACGGCAGAAGUAGGGACAAGAUUAGAGAAAGAAGAGAUUCUUCUAGCAGUGAAGACAGGUCAAGACGUAAGCAGAAAAAAGACAGAAGGAGAUAUAGCAGUAAUGAUUCGUUAAGCUCUUCUGAAGAUGAAAGGAGAAGAAGCAAACAUAAGUCUAAGAGUAGAAGGCAAAGAAGUAGCUCAGAAGACUCGCCCAAGAGAAGUUCAGAAGUCAAACGAGAUAUUGAUAAGAAACGAAAAGGGAAGAAAAAGAAGAGAGACAGAGAUCGGUCUCCGAACUAUAAGAAGCAUAGAAAGUAA